AGUGACCUCAGAGCCCCUCAGAAACAUGGCCCCCAGAGCGUUCUUCCGGAAGCAGUCACAGGCACCUCUGUGACGCAGAACGAGUUAGAGCGUCUCGUGGGGUUUCCAUGGUGUUAUCCUCAGCCCUCAGUCUCUCCGCCUACCCUUCGGCCUGAGCGCCGGGAACGGAAAAGCCGGCAGGCGAUCCCAUCCGCGCGGCGGAGAGGGCUGGAGAGCAGGUGACGCUCUAGGCGAGCGCGCCCGCACCUCUAUGGUGCCCAGCGCUCCAGCGUACCGCUCCCGCGCGGCAGGGAGGACGCUGGCCCUUUAAUCCGUGGAGGGCGGUGCCGAGGAAGUCCCGCGAGAGCUGCAGGGGGCGGGGGGCGGUGCCGAGGUUGGGGGCCCGUGGCGGAUGGAGCCAGCGAUGGAGCCGGAGACUUUGGAGGCGCGAAUCAACAGAGCCACAAACCCCCUGAACAAGGAGCUGAACUGGGCUAGCAUCAACGGCUUCUGCGAGCAGCUCAACGAGGACUUCAAGGGGCCUCCACUUGCUACCCGGCUGCUGGCCCACAAGAUCCAGUCCCCACAGGAGUGGGAGGCGAUCCAGGCUCUGACGGUGCUGGAGACAUGCAUGAAGAGCUGCGGCAAGAGGUUCCACGACGAGGUGGGCAAGUUCCGCUUCCUCAACGAGCUCAUCAAGGUUGUGUCUCCCAAGUACCUGGGCUCCCGAACGUCAAAGAAGGUGAAGAACAAGAUCUUAGAGCUGCUCUACAGCUGGACGGUCGGCCUGCCCGAGGAGGUGAAGAUCGCAGAGGCCUACCAGAUGCUUAAGAAGCAGGGCAUCGUGAAGUCUGAUCCCACGCUUCCAGAGGACGCUGUCUUUCCCCAACCCGCUCCUCGGCCCAAGAACAUGAUCUUUGAAGAUGAAGAGAAGUCCAAGAUGCUGGCACGCCUGCUGAAGAGCUCCCACCCUGAGGACCUCCGAGCGGCCAACAAGCUCAUCAAGGAGAUGGUGCAGGAGGACCAGAAGCGGAUGGAGAAGAUCUCGAAGCGGGUGAACGCCAUCGAGGAGGUGAACAAUAACGUGAAGCUGCUGACGGAGAUGGUGAUGAGCCACAGCCAGGGCAGCGCGGUGGCCGGCAGCAGCGAGGACCUCAUGAAGGAACUGUAUCAGCGCUGUGAGCGGAUGCGGCCCACGCUAUUCCGACUGGCCAGCGACACGGAAGACAAUGAUGAGGCCUUAGCGGAGAUCCUGCAGGCCAACGACAACCUCACCCAGGUGAUCAACCUCUACAAGCAGCUGGUGCAGGGUGAGGAGGUCAACGGUGAGGCUGCAGCUGGCUCCAUCCCUGGAAGCACCUCAGCCCUGCUGGACCUCUCAGGCCUGGACCUCCCUCCUGCCGGCACCACCUACCCAGCCAUGCCCACCCACCCUGGUAGCCAAGCUAGUCCUGAGCAGCCCAGCGCCUCAGUUUCCUUGCUUGACGACGAGCUCAUGUCUCUGGGCCUGGGUGACCCCACGCCCUCUGCAGGCCCCAGUUUGGAUGGGGCCGGGUGGAACAGUUUCCAGUCCUCGGAUGGCGCUGAGCCCACAGUCCCUGGUCUGGCCCAGGCCCCCAGCACGGACAGCCAGCCUGCAACACAGACGCCCUUGCCCACGAGCAGCGGCCUGGACGACCUGGACCUCCUGGGGAAGACCCUCCUGCAGCAGUCGUUGCCCCCCGAGGCCCAGCAAAUGCGGUGGGAGAAACAGCAGCCAGCCCCCCGGCUCACACUCCGAGACCUGCAGAACAAGAGCACCUGCAGCUCACCCAGCUCGGGUCCUGCCAGCCUCCUCCACGCUGGGUCGCCAGAGCCUCCGGGGCCUCUGCAACAGCCCACGCCCACCGAGCUGUCCCUCACCAACGUCACUGUGCCCCUGGAGUCCAUCAAACCCAGCAGCAUCCUGCCUGUGACUGUGUAUGACCAGCACGGCUUCCGAGUCCUCUUCCACUUCGCCCGGGACCCGCUGCCGGGGCGCUCGGACGUGCUGGUGGUGGUGGUCUCCAUGCUGAGCACUGCCCCGCAGCCCAUCCGCAACAUCGUUUUCCAGUCAGCUGUCCCCAAGGUCAUGAAGGUGAAGCUGCAGCCACCAUCAGGCACAGAGCUGCCUGCAUUCAACCCCAUCGUCCACCCCUCAGCCAUCACCCAGGUCCUGCUCCUCGCCAACCCCCAGAAGGAGAAAGUUCGCCUCCGCUACAAGCUCAUCUUCACCAUGGGCGACCAGACCUACAACGAGAUGGGGGAUGUGGACCAGUUCCCCCCACCGGAAACCUGGGGGAGCCUCUAGAACAGAGGAGCUGGGGAGAGGGGGGCACAGAGGGAGCGGUCACUGUCCAGCCUGGGCGAGUCUAGGACACUGCUCCCCAUGGCCGUGUACCGUUGGCCUGGUGCUUCUCCCCUCACCGCUGGGGCAGCCAAGUGACUCCUCCCUCCCAAGCUCUGCUGCCCUCCUGCUGAGCCAAACCCAGCAGGAAGCUGGGCCUGGGUUUGCACUGCUGGGAGCCUAAAGCAGGGGGCUGUGGGACUGGGAAGGACUCGGGGUUGAGGGGAGGACACAUGGCCAUCAGGCCCAGCCCUGCCCCUGGCCUGGGGUGAGUCUUCCCCACCUGUCUAAUGCCUUAUGGGAAGGCCCAGCCAUAGGCUGUGCUGGAGCUGGGGACCAGCCGGCCUCCUUCAUAGGAACCCAGUACUGUGGGGGUGACGUCUGUGCCCCCAGCUCUUUGCACUCUGGUAUGUGGUUUGGCUCUCUUCUGGAGUGGCCCUGCGGCCACAGUCUGGGGCCGUGUUGGGGAGCCCCACAUAGGCCCCGCUCCUGAGGCCUGCCUUUGCUGUCAGCCUCCUAAGGGGCUGCGGAGCCCAAGGGUGGUGCCAGAGGCAGGUGGCCUCCGAGGGGCUGCGGAGCUCCUGGGGUUCCCAGUGUGUCCUCUUCACUCAUCGGCCCUCCUGGGGCCUCCGGUGGGCAUCACCUCACCUCUGUCCAUCUGUCUGUCUGUGGUCAGAAGUGGAGUCAAUGUGUGAAUGAGAGCAGGAGUAUUUAUGAAAAUAAAACAUCUUUUUUCCUGGAA